AUGUUGAGGCUUCUCUGUGUCAUCCUCAGUUCAUUUCUGAUCCUGGACUUUUGGGGGAAAAAAGACAGUUCUCCGUCUCCCGCAGUUGAUGACAGAAAACAAUGCCGGAGGAGCAGCUGGAGAACCACAGGGAGGCUCAUCAGAAGCACUUCAGUGGACUCAGAGACGAGAUCUAAGACAAGCGGAGGAUGCUGCAGGAUCUCAGAAAAACCGCGGAAGUUUUUCUGCGACGUGAUUGGUCAGCUGUGUCGGCUGGCUGAGCGUGUGUGUGUGUGUGUGUGCGUGUAUUCGUGGCUUCAUAUAAUAAGCAGCGCACUGACUGUUGUGCUGCUCGCUUGUUCCUUCCACUGCUCCAGCAUGACCGCGCACGUGACCCCAGACUUGGAGCUGGAGCUGGGUGAGUUGCUGCAGGAGUUCCAGGAUGUGGUGGAGGAGCUGAAGGCCCCGUUGCAAAGCAAACCUCAUGCAUACCACCACAUGCUGCAGGAGGCCAAAACUCGCUCAGGGCGCGUGGACGACAGCGGAGUCGAGGACUCUGAUUACAGUGAGCGUACAUAAUCAUCACACUAAAACAAUGUUACUCGAAGAAAGACUUCUCCCACAGGGACCACGCUGGCACCGAAAGCCAAGCUGGGAGACACGAGGGAACUUGAGAGUUUUAUCGACAUGUUGGACCGGGAACUUGCAGAGAUGUGAACACAAAGAGAAAGCAGGCCACGUAGAGGAGGGAGAAACAGGCCAGGGGCGACAUGGAUGGCUAUUGCAGGGCAGACAGGCAGGUUCUACACCAGAGCAGAUCUGACGGAGCAAAUGCUCCCCUGGCUGCUGCAGGGGAAAGGUUAACACCAGAAAUUAAAAGGGCACUCCGUACCAAAAUGCAAGAACACCCUCAGACCCCUGGCGACGCUGCGUCCAGCCGGCAAGACUAUGUCCCUGCAACGUCAAAUCCGACAUCUGUGACAUAUUCCAUAAACCCGACGAAGCCUCCACCUGUCCACUUUUAUGCCACUUUUAAUUUGCUAAAAUUCAUGCACUUAAAAAAUGUUGUUUUGAUUUGAUCCUAAAGGGUUCUGAUCUGCUGUGUAAAUCAGAUUACGUUUCUGUGCCGUCAUUUCCAGUGUAUAGAUUUUGUUAAUAUGUAUUUUUUUAGAAAUAAACAUUUGAUUGCGCAUAAAUAAAGUUACAUUUUGAUUUAAUUUCA